CAUCGUCAUAACACUUUCCAUAAUAAGGAGAGAACACACUGCUACGGAAUUCGAAUCCGGUUGGUAUGGAGUCCCAUUUUUGGCAGCCAGAAUAUAAAGGGGCAAGAUAACUUGCAACAUUCAAUACUAACAUCCAUCCCAUCCAACUCCAUUACAAUUCAAUCCGUCCGGAAUAAAAAAUGGCAUCAUCUACCUUAACCCGUCUCCCUGCUGAACUUCUUGCGUCGGUUCUAUCUUACUUGGCUAAUCGCGACAUCAAAAACUUGCGGCUAACUUGCGCUUUCUUCCGAGAUACUGCUCAUCUACGCCUCACUCGAGUUUUUCUGUCCGCCAAUCCCCUGAAUAUUAGCGUCUUUCACGCCAUUACCGAUCAUGAAAUGUUGCGCGGGGGGAUUAAGGAGAUCAUUUGGAAUGAUGCGCGGUUGGCUCCAUUAAAUAAAAUUUAUGACUCGGGCUUCGAGGACGAUUUCGAGGCGGAUGACGAAGGUUCUUCUGCGGAAAUCCCGCAAUGGUUUUCUGAUGCGUGUUAUCUGAAUAUUGAACAGCUCAAGAAGUGGAAAGGGGGGGACGAGGAUACCCCAGAACAUGCUGCCUAUGGGAGGACGAAAUUUUCAAGAACAAAUGGUGUGGCUAUCGCAUUAUCACCCGAGAGCUCGCACAGAAGGAACAUCAGAUCUCCGAACUCGUUGUUGAUGCGCAUUUCCUGAAUACCGGCCUUAACUGUCACAUCUUCGACGAGCCGUGCGAGGAGUAUGACAACCUCAUAACAAUUCUUCGGCGACCGGACUUCAAACGCAUAGAUCUCGACCUUCUUGGUCCGGCAGGCCGAUGUGCUCUCUCUCCUCGCUUCACUGCCGCAGACGAUCCGGUCGGUCGAGCUGAGCUUUUUCUAUUUCUUGAAGGACGGAGGCAAUCACAGAAACUUGCUCGUGGAUAUGCGCGAUACCCUGGACUGGCGCGAUAGGACCGAGAAUGCGCGGCCAAAGGUCAC